UUGGCUAUCUCUAGCAUAUUCAAACUUUGGUUUGGUUGUCACGCUUGAAUUUGAAUCUUGGUAUUGUUUUCUCAAUGAUUUUCAGUGCCUUAUCUCCAAUGGAUAAGUAGGAGAAGCAGCUAGGUGAGGAGACGCUGAGGGGAAAAUAGAGAUGCUGGGAAAGGAGAUGCUGAGGGGAAGGGUCAUUAAAGAAAUCUAGAAAUUAUUCGUGAAUUGGUUCAAUUGGCGAUUAGAGUUAUCAGAGAAUUGGUUCAUUUCUCAUGAUUUUAAUGAUAACAAGUAGUAUAUUAUGUGUUGUUGAGGUCCGGCUUUAAGGCGGUUGAGGUUACGACCGUCACAGUGCUGUUUGCUGUGGCCUAGUUAGGGUUGUUGGACUCGGGGAAGUGGGUGCAUUCUUAUGUUGAGAAUCAUAGAAGAAAUAUUGGGUUUAGUGUGAGAGUAGGCACGGCGUUGGUCGAUAUGUAUUAUAAGUGUGGCAGCUUGAAAGAUGUGUGCUUGGUGUUUGAUAAAAUGCCUGAGAAGGACGUUGUUGCUUGGAAUUCGAUGAUUGCUGGUCACGCAAUGCAUGGACACAGCUGGUGUAAGAAUUACCUUGUUGGAGCAUUCAAGUCACCAUGUAAUAUUGUAGUAACAUUUUCUGAUGGGACCCCGGUUUCAACAGGUGGCAUGACUCUGGUAGACCUGUUUGUCGAUGCAUUGACAUCCCUUAAUUCAAAGAAUGCAAAUGAUCGGCAAUAUGUCGCUACAGAUGCCAAUAACAAUAACGAUGCCUUGUGUUUGAAAAUACUUUAUGAAUGGCAUUACACAUUGCUCGGUCUUGGUCUGUGA